AUGGCGGGCCAGUUCCGCAGCUACGUGUGGGACCCGUUGCUGAUCCUGUCGCAGAUCGUGCUCAUGCAGACGGUCUACUACGGCUCACUGGGCCUGUGGCUGGCGCUAGUGGACGCGCUGGUACGCAGCACCCCGUCUCUGGACCAGAUGUUCGACGCGGAGAUCCUGGGCUUUUCCACCCCGCCAGGCCGGCUCUCAAUGAUGUCCUUCGUCCUCAACGCCCUCACCUGUGCCCUGGGCUUGCUGUACUUCAUCCGGCGAGGGAAGCAGUGCCUGGAUUUCACUGUCACUGUGCAUUUCUUUCACCUCCUGGGCUGCUGGUUCUACAGCUCCCGUUUCCCCUCGGCGUUGACCUGGUGGCUGGUCCAAGCUGUGUGCAUUGCACUCAUGGCCGUCAUCGGGGAGUACCUGUGCAUGCGGACGGAGCUCAAGGAGAUACCCCUCAGCUCGGCCCCUAAAUCCAAUGUCUAGAGUUGGGCCCUUUGGACACUCUGCUGGCACUUGGGCCCCAUUGCCUGGGGCUGCUCAGAUCUCCAGAUGCGGUCUGGCCCAAGUCUGAGAGGAACCCUGGAAAUGUGAAGUCUGUUGGAGAGAUAGUGAGGCCCCGUCAUAAAGGCAGGUAGCAGCCAUGAUCACAGAGGCAAGGAUGGCCUCUCCUUGCCAAAGCCUUGAUAUCUGAAGGCCAGUAAGGGACCUCAUGGAGGGUAGUGACAGAUUUGGAACCAUGUCACAUGAGCCAUCAUACUGUCACCAGCCUGUUAUUUUAAAAAGAAAAAAAAAAUCAAGGAUAUCUGAUUGGAAUAAACCACUCUUCUCGUUGUCUGUCUUA